AGUCAAAAGGCUGCACUCAAGAAUCAAGAAGGCUACAUGUGGCCCUAAGGCCCCAGGUUCUACACCCCGUUUGAUAUCAAUUAACCCAUUUAAUCUUUGUGAGGUAGAUAUUAAUCCUAGAUUUACAGAGGAAAGUGGGUCACAGAGAUGAAGUCAGGAGCCCAAGGUCUAGGAGAUGGCAGGAAGAGCUCAUCACCAAGAAGAGCUCUCUCACCGUGGCUGCCUCUAGCCCAGGUUGGGGGGAGGGAGAGAGUAAAGUUCUGGGUGCCUGGGUACAGGGUUUGAAUGGCUGACCCCUGGGUGGAGAAGCAAAGCUGGAGGGAGAACUGCCUAUACAGGGUGGCCAUACAGUUUGUGUGCAAUUUAAAAUACUUAUUUUACCCUGUAUAAAGGGCCAACCUUAAUAGGUAUGGAAGCAGAGUAGGUUUGGAUUUCAGGUAAGCUGUGCAGGACCCAGCAUCUUCAUGCCUCAAAUGAACUGGUGAGGGGGGUGGGGCAUGAGGCUUGAGAAAUCUCCUGGAAAUGGACUAACCUGAACCCACAAAGCUGUGGUAAGGGGCUGAAGGGAGGUUGGGCUUAGGUCCAUUGGUUUGUCUCCUUUCCUAGCCAUUGGGAGUAAGAACUGAAAUCAACAACUUGACUAGCAGCUUGAGCUGUGGGGGCAGUCUAGCAGCCUUAGCUGGGCUCCCUCCACCUGGGUGAAAUGGACUGAGGUCACACUUAGGGUGUGUUCUAUUUAUGAGGCUCCCACUUGGCUGACAUAGUGAGGGGUGCCUUCCUUCCAAAAUGACUGGGAUUGUUCAUGAACUGCCUACAGGCCUUCUAGGGAUGGGGUUCUUUGCAGGGGCCUGGGAACCCUGGGUGAUUUAGUAAGUGGCCCCUUUGGCUGAGGUUUGGGUUACUUCUGUCAGUGUGAUCCCUUUCUGUCCACUCUUGAGGCCUGGGGAAACUCUGGUUUCAUACACUUGAGGAGUAAGUACUUAGUUCAGGGACCUCAAGGUGCAGGUUAUCGCUAGAGGAGGGGUGGGAUAGAAUUAACUGUGACUUCUUGGAGUGUCCCAGGCUGAAGUUGUGAGCAUGAGAAAAAGCGUGUUCUCUGAGAUUCCAGAAGCAGACAGAUGACUCCCACCUUCCUAUUUGCUCCUGCGUAGCUCUUAGCCAUAGGCUAAGACUUACUCUGUAAGUCUAGAGUCCCCAUAUUGCAGAAGUGGAGCUCAAUCAACACAGUUUUCUGGGAACAGAGAGGGCAAGUGACUAGCUCAAGAUGGCCCAAGGUACCCAAAAGGCAGCCAGGUAGGGGGCUGGGCACAUGCCAUCUUUUGUCCCAGCUCCUGCCCCCACCCUCCUCAUUAGCACCUGGCUCAGGAUUUCCAAGGGGAGGGAGUGAUGUUGAGGUCUGCCUGCAAGGGGACAGCUAAGAGGCUUGGAGCAGCCUGGAGUCCCAGAGGCAGCAAGGUCAGAGCCUCCAGUUAGUCAAGGCCACACUCCUCUGCAGGACAGAGAGGAGAGUGCAUGUUUUAGACCUCCAUGAACUCUGGUAAUUCAAAGUACUUUCUCCAUGAAUUACUCUUUAUUUAUGAAGGUCCAGAUUCCACGUAGAAAAAUUAUCUCCUAAAAUUGUAGAUCAAAGGCAGAAAACACACUACAAUUUAGGCAGAAUAGGGGUGGUGGUAACUUCUCCUGUGUUUUUCAGGACAUGUUUAUCCACUCCGUGGUACUUUUAUAAAGCACAAAGGUAUACAUAUUAUUGCUUAAAAUGCUUAAACUUAGCAAUGGAGCCACAUGCCAGUGAUGUGCGCCAGUUUGGCUAAUAGCAAGGGCAAAUCGCUCAGAGCUGCUCUCUGGUUACCCUGCCUUUUCGCUUUCCCUGGGUCCGACACUGUUGGAAUACCUGCCGCGCAGUGCGAACCUCGGGGGCUGGGCGGGAAGAUCCAGGCGGUAAGAGCGCCUGGGCUGCCCAAAGGGACCCGCACCUGGGCCAGUACAGCACACCUGGACUGACAGCAGGGACUCCGCCCAGCGCACGCCUCCGGGUCUUAUAGUAGCCAGGCCUGGGCAGCCAAUCAUGGUCGCCCCAGGGGUGCGCUAGGAAAGCUGUGGACCGCGGUAGAGUAAAUUAAGGGCUGGUUGCACCGCGCCUGGGUCUCCGGAGACGGGAAGCCCCGGGAGGGUGGGAGAGCUGGCGGGGGUUCGAGGUGGCUUCCCAGGUAAGUUAUGUACCCGAUGGCCCCGCCCUCCAGCUGAAGGGGGAGGAACUCAGCCACAGAGACGUUAAGUGACUGGCCUAAGGUCACACAGCAAUCUGACGUUGGUGUGUGUCCAGAGAGUUUGAGGGUGCUCACAGGCACCAGCCCCUUACCCUGGCUCUGCUCUGUCAGAGAGGUGCGUUUGGGUCUCCAUCGCAGAGGGCAGGUGUCCCCGGCCUGCCACGAAGUGUAACUUCGCAGCCGCCCAGACGCCUGUAGAGCCCGAGGCGUGGCGUGACAGAUUUUGGCGCGCGAGAAGCGUACAUGGACUGCGGCUCCCGGCAAAGGUGGCCACCCUCUACCCCGCUGGAACUGGGAGUGUGGCGCCCACGUAGACGUCUCACAUUUACCCUCAAAGGGAGGUCGUCCUUCCACCGCGUCUUUAAUAGAUGACAGCUCCAAGGCUCCCGACCCAGGUCACGCAGCUAAGUUACGGAGCCAGGAUUCGAUCCUGACGAUCUGGGUUCUUGUGGCCCCGGGCCGGAGGUAGCUGUGUGUUCUUGGGCAAGUCCCUUUACUUCUCAGGGCAACCUGGCUGAUUGCCUCCCGCCCCCUCACCGGUCCCUGAGUAGCGGCCACGCAUGCUCAGUCGCGGGCGGCUGCGAGAGGCUGCAGCAGGCGCCCCAGCUACUUUGCAUUGACGCCAGCGCCCGCCGGAGGUCACCGCUGUGGGCUGGGCGCGGAGUGCUGCAGGCAACACCCGGCUAGGAUCGCGGGGCCGGAGCCGGGCGGCCCGCAACUCUGGGUGCGCUCUGUGAUUUCUGCGUUUUUCGACGGUGCGGCCGCAGGCCCCGCUGCAGCAGAGGCGCUCCCCUCUCUGCUCCGGCGGACGCAGCCUGGCCGCCCCAAUGGGCUUCUCGACGCUUCAACCCCUGGACCGCGGGUGCUCCUAGGGCUGGCCUUCUCCCUGACCCGCGCUCUGCCCCCGGGGGCGCUUUUUUGUGGGGCGGCGGCCUAGCAGGCGGAGCGGCGUCGGUGCCCACCGUUAUUUAGGGGGGGUCCGCGGGAGGCGGUGGCGCCGCGGAGCUGGAGCGGUGCCGGGCCGGGCGCGGCAGGGAGUUCUCCGCCCGGAGUGGGGGGGCUCUAGCGCGGCUCUGGCCGGCCAGCUCUGGGCUUAGGAGAGUGCAGGUCUCCUCCCCGUAUUUCCCCGGAAGCGCAGCGCGGCUGAGGCGGGCGCGGGGAUGUGAAGGAGGCGGCGGCGGCUGCCGGCUCAGGAAGGGCAUGUUCGGAGGGGCGGCCGCGGCGCGCCACCCGCUGCAGCGCCCCCUCCUCACCGCCGCCGCGCCCGCACCGCGAUAAAAGAGCGGCCGCACUUCUUGACGCGAGACCCGCGCUCGCCGCCGCCCGCCCGCCCAGGCGGCGAUGACACGGCGCCCGCGGCCGCCCCGAGGCGCCGGGCGGGCCGUUUGCUGAGCGGAUCGCGGCUGCCCGCCAGCGUGUCCGCGGCGCCACCGCCAGCAUGGGCUGCGCCCCCAGCAUCCACAACUCCGAGAGCCAGGAGGUGUACCGACGCGGCAAGGAGGCCGAGGACGCGCCUGGCUCCGCGGCGCCACGGCUGUCGUCCGGUGGGCCGUGCUCCCCACGUGGCCAGAAAAGGGUCGCCUCGCCCCCGGCUCGCGGCGCUGGCCUCGUGGAGUCUGAGCCUCGCGACGCCAGCGGCGAGAAGGUAGCAGUAGCUGAGGUGCAGUUUGGCCCCAUGAGAUUUCAUCAAGAUCAACUUCAGGUACUUUUAGUGUUUACCAAAGAAGAUAACCAAUGUAAUGGAUUCUGCAGGGCAUGUGAAAAGGCAGGGUUUAAGUUCACAGUCACCAAAGACGCGCAGGCUGUCCUUGCCUGUUUCCUGGACAACCACCAUGACAUCAUCAUCAUCGACCACAGGAAUCCUCGGCAGCUGGAUGCAGAGGCACUAUGCAGGUCUAUCAGAUCAUCAAAACUCUCAGAAAACACAGUUAUUGUUGGUGUAGUACGCAGGGUGGAUAAAGAAGAGUUGUCUCUAAUGCCGUUCAUUGCUGCUGGAUUUACAAGGCGAUAUAUUGAGAACCCCAACAUCAUGGCCUGCUAUAAUGAGCUACUCCAGCUGGAGUUUGGAGAGGUGCGGUCACAGCUGAAACUCAGGACAUGUAACUCAGUAUUCACUGCACUAGAGAAAAGCCAAGAAGCAAUUGAGAUUACAAGUGAGGACCACAUUAUACAGUAUGCAAAUCCUGCAUUUGAAGCAACAAUGGGCUAUCAGGCAGGUGAAUUAAUAGGGAAGGAGUUAGGAGAAGUGCCUGUAAAUGAGAAAAAGGCUGACUUGCUGGAUACUAUAAAUGCAUGCAUCAAGAUAGGCAAGGAGUGGCAAGGGGUUUACUACACCAAAAAGAAAAAUGGAGACAAUGUCCAACAAAAUGUGAAGAUAGUACCUGUCAUCGGACAGGGAGGAAAAAUUAGACACUACGUGUCCAUUAUCAGAGUGUGCGAUGGCAGCAGUAAGGCUGAGAAAAUACCUGAAUGUGUUCAGCCUGACACUAAUACAGAUAAUCAGACAGGCAAACAUAAAGACAGGAGGAAAGGCUCCCUGGAUGUCAGACCUAUGGCCCCUCGAUCAAGUGACGCUUCCAGCCAGAGACGGCACUCCUCCAUGGCCCGGAUACAUUCCAUGACGAUUGAGGCACCCAUCACCAAGGUAAUAAAUAUUAUCAAUGCUGCUCAGGAAAGCAGUCCCAUGCCUGUAACAGAAGCCUUGGACCGUGUGCUGGAAAUUCUAAGAACCACUGAACUGUACUCACCACAGUUUGGUGCUAAGGAUGAUGACCCUCAUGCCAGCGACCUUGUCGGGGGCUUAGUGUCUGAUGGUUUACGAAGACUAUCAGGGAAUGAAUAUGUUCUUUCAACAAAAAGCAUUCAGCAGGUUUCAAACAAUGUAAUCACUCCCCUCCCCCUUCACAAUAUCCCUCCCCGGGUAGCUGGGGCCAUGGAAAAUGAAGAACACUGGGACUUUGAUAUUUUUGAACUGGAGGCUGCCACACACAAAAGGCCUUUGAUUUAUCUUGGUCUUAAAAUGUUUGCUCGCUUUGGAGUCUGUGAAUUCUUAAACUGUUCUGAGUCAACGCUGAGAUCAUGGCUACAAAUUAUUGAAGCCAAUUAUCAUUCUUCUAACCCCUACCACAAUUCUACACAUUCUGCUGACGUGCUUCAUGCCACUGCCUAUUUUCUUUCCAAGGAGAGAAUAAAGGAAACUUUAGAUCCAAUUGAUGAGGUUGCUGCACUCAUUGCAGCCACCAUUCACGAUGUAGAUCACCCAGGGAGGACCAACUCCUUCCUGUGCAAUGCUGGGAGCAAGCUGGCUAUUUUGUACAAUGACACUGCUGUGCUGGAGAGCCACCAUGCGGCCUUGGCCUUCCAGCUGACCAUUGGAGAUGACAAAUGCAAUAUCUUUAAAAACAUGGAGAGAAACGACUACCGGACGCUGCGCCAGGGGAUUAUUGACAUGGUCCUGGCCACAGAGAUGACAAAGCACUUCGAGCACGUUAACAAAUUUGUCAACAGCAUCAACAAACCCUUGGCAGCACUGGAAGAGAGUGAGGAAGCUGGAAAAAAUCAGGAAACCAUAAACUCUAUGCUCAGGACUCCAGAGAACCGCACUCUAAUCAAACGGAUGCUGAUUAAGUGUUCCGAUGUGUCCAACCCCUGCCGCCCCCUGGAAAGCUGCAUUGAGUGGGCCGCGCGCAUUUCAGAAGAAUAUUUUUCUCAGACUGACGAGGAGAAGCAGCAGGGCUUACCUGUGGUGAUGCCAGUUUUUGACAGAAAUACCUGCAGCAUCCCCAAAUCCCAGCUCUCUUUCAUUGACUACUUCAUCACGGACAUGUUUGAUGCUUGGGAUGCCUUUGUAGACCUCCCUGAUUUAAUGCAGCACCUUGACAACAACUUUAAAUACUGGAAAGGACUGGAUGAGAGGAAGCUGCGGAGCCUCCGGCCACCUCCUGAGUAGCAUGGCUCACCACCAGGGCCCUGCUGGUGAUCCUGCAGUCAUCUGGAAUUACUGAGGGCAGCCAGGGUUCCUUGGUCCUUUUAGUAUUACGCAGAGCUGCCCUCAGUCUGCACCACCUGAGAAAGCACAUGAGGGGCAUCAGUGAACCUCUGCAGCCACCAUCCAGGGUCACCACCACAAAAUGGGACUUGGCCUGAGCUCUUCAGAAAGGCAAAUGAGGACCCUGGUUUUCAUCAACUUUCUGCAAAAACACAAGGUCUGGAGUGCCCUGCAAAGGGCACUGGUGGAUUUCCUGCCAGUAGCAGAGAAUAUCUUAUUGCAAACAACUUAGUAUAUUCAGACUUGAGAACAGCUGACAGCAAUGGACCUUUACCAACUUUUUCACAUCAUAGAAGGUGCAAUCACUCACUUUGGAACACUACUGAAAGUGACUUCUCUUUUAAAAUUGAGUAGCAAAUAAAAAAUGAAAAGAAACUUUGAAGUUGAUCAAUUGUUAAAAUGUUUUAUUUAUUUUAUCUGACAUUCAGUAUUUUCUAUGAAUUUAGAAAUGCUUCAAAGCCAAAGCCAACUUCAGAUACCAUGACCAAAUCUACAUGACUCGUAUUCAUACAUUACUUGGUAUACAGACUUAUUUUCAUAGUGCAAAUAUAAAUGACACACUCUUUUACUGCACUAUAGAAAUACUUAUGUUAUGUUAAAUUCUUCUAACUGAGGCUAAUUGGAAGAAGAGGUUCUGGUGGUAUGUCUCAUUCCUCAGAGCAAAAGGAGAAGGCUGCCUCCAGCCUGUAUACCCCAGGGUUCUGGCAGGUCUAGUCAUCGGAUAAGCUUUGCAGGCGACUCCCUAGGGUAAAAUUACGCCUUUCUUGGUUUGCAAAGAAAAAUUGGAACUUAACAUUUUCUCUUGCAGUUUUAUAAUUGAAUUUUCAAAAUUCUGCCUUACUUAUGCUAUUUCUAUAAAAUAUUCCCUAUGAAAACAAAGAACAAAAAUGAAAUAGUUAAGGAAUUGACAUUUUUUUAACCAAUCAGUUUUUAUCUGCAGUAGAAUCUUUGAUUCCUUAAAUUUAUUAAGGUUCUAUAUCUCCACAUUUUUGAACAAGCAUAAUACCAUAAAGAAUGACUCUCAGUGACAUGUCAAAGUGUUUGUCAUUUCAUUUUAAACUUGUAUUUGUUUUUUUCCAGGUAAAAAUGAAAUUAAACUAUUUGUUUCUAAGA